UAUCCUUACUAACUUUGGAAAGCAUUUAAGCUCUCACUGAGGCGAGAACAGAAGUUCCAAAAAUAAAUUUUAUCUUAUAUUGAGAGAACGAUUUCAAAAGAUGGCUUUGUCUAAAGUAGCUGCUGUGCCAUCACUAACAGAAGAAGAGACCAACUUCCUCAGAUUCGCUAAUCUUCUUAUUCGUAUUUCACCAAAAGCUGUUCGGGUUGUAUUUGAUAAGUAUUUUCAACCUUGCGGAUUGAAUGUGGUGUUGACUCAGUCAAAAGGAAAACUGGAAUCUUUAAAUAAAAAAAAAAUUCUUAACAAGUCACAGAUGGAAUUACUUUAUCCUUUAAAAGGAAACUCGAAGUCAUCGAAAAUGGAUCUUACUCUAAUGAUUUGUUUACUGCGCAAUUUACAAAAGAUGAAAUUAGAGGAUUCACUUCCAGCAGAAGCUUUGAUCAGCGAAGAAGCGGAUUUAUCUCGGAUAAAAUAUUAUCGGAACUGGAUAGCUCAUAACACAGCUGGUUAUAUUGAUAAAGAAGAUUUCCUGGCGAUGUGGACAAAUGUUUGCGAGGCUAUUCAACGAAUUGGCGGUGCAUCGUUUAAGACAGAAUGUGAUGUUUUGAUGUCAUCCAAUCUUGACAGUUCAUACAGAGAAGUAUAUGUUUCCUUUGCACAGCAAGAGAGAAGGUUGGAAAAAGUAGAAGAAGAAUAUAUUAAAGUUGAUGAAGAGUUACAAUCUGCCAAGGAAACAAUAUCUCAGUUAGAAGAAAAUAAAGAUAACACAAAAGAUAACCUUUUAUCAGAAGUUGCUGCUUGGGAACAAGACGAUGAAAAAUUCUUUGUGACGUCUGCUGUUCAAAAGAUUUUGGAAAGCGUAAAGCAGACACCAUUUGUUGUAAUCAGUGGUAGUGGAGGAAUGGGAAAAAGUGCUACAGCCUAUCACAUUGCGUUACUAUUUCGUAAUAUGAUGGGAUAUGAAAUUUUGCCAAUAAAUGAGCCUUCAGAUAUUUUGAAAUUUUGUAAAUUUGGACGAAAACAAAUAGUCAUCAUUGAUGAUAUAUGCGGGAAAUUUGCCAUUAACAAUCACAGUGUUGCCUCUUGGAUGAAUUUUAAAAAAUCAAUUUCUAAACUUGUCAGUCAAGCGGAAGAUACGAUACAUAUCGUUGCAACUUGCAGGCUGCAUAUACGCAAAACUAAACAGUUUGAAAAAUUGAUUCAGGCAUUUAAAAUAAAAGAAUGUGAUCUUCUCUCUGAUGAACUGGCAUUAGAUUUGAAUGAGAAACGUAAAAUCGGAUUAUGUCAUUUAAAUCAAGAAUAUAUAGAUCUAAUAGGAGACGAAGUUAUCUCUAAAACGGAUUUGUUUCCUCUUCUUUGUAAACUAUCAUCGGGAACUACAUUUAAUCCUGAAUUUUUUAAAAAGCCGUAUGAUAUAUUUAAAAUAGAAUUAGAUGAAAUGGCCGCGGGUAAUAAAGAGUGCUUUUUCGGUCUUGCUUUACUUGUUCUGUUUAACAACAAUUUGAAGACAAGUUUAUUUAAAGAUAGAGAUAACAAAAUAUUUAAUGAUAUGUUUGAAGAAGUGUAUGAAGAACUAGAAAUGUCGGAGAAGCCGUCUAAAUUAUCCGUUCUGCGAAGUCUACAAACACUAAAAGGAACAUUUGUUAAAGAGAGCGAAUGUUCAUUUUCAGCGAUACAUGAUAAGGUGUUCGAUUUUAUUGCAUUUUUCAUCGGGAAAAUGUUAGUGAAAUCUAUCCUGAGUUAUGGAAAUAGAACUUUCAUUGCAGAACGAAUGAGUUUAAAAGUCUUUAAUGAAUCAGACGAUUUUGUAAUUAUGCUUGAUGAAGAUCAAGAAGAGCUGUACUUUCAAAGAAUCAAAGAAGAAAUAAGAAGUCGAACAUUUUGGACUGUUUUCCGCAAUGUAAUAGCAACAACAACUUAUUACCAACAAAAACUGAUAUCAUUGUUGUCUAAACAAUGUGACACUUUCUCUAUUUUUACUGGAAAUUUGUGGGCAUUGGUUUUGAGCGCAUCAAACAACUGCGAUAUCUUGAAUACUUUUCUUAUAGAAGAAAGAUUAAAAAGACUACACUGUGGAAACACAACUACAACAGAGUCAUUCGCAGAUGGUGUUUUGUGGGAUGUAUUAUGUGACACACAAAUAAAUACUGACGACGACGAGAUUCAAAACGAUCUUUUAAUGAAAUCUAUAAACGGCCCCCUUUGUACCGCAGUUGAAUUGGGACGGGAAGAUUUGACUCGAGUAUUACUUGACACUGGAAAUGCUAUCAAUAUUAACAAAACUUUUUUAAUGGAAGACACGGGGGUCACACCUCUACUUUAUGCAUAUUUUGAACAUAAGCUAGAUAUUGCAAAAAUGUUCAUACAAUAUAAAUCUGAUGUUAAUCUUUCGUAUAUUAAAGGUAAUACUUUGUUGCAUUUAGUUUGUAGUAAUGACGAUUGUGAUUUCCUGGAAGUUUUACUCAACUGUGAAGCCUGUGAUUUGAAUAAGAGGAAUGAUUUAAAAGAAACACCGCUAUUUCUUGCUUGUCGAAAUGGAAGUACGGAGUGUGUGGAAUUACUUGUUGAAAGUCAAUGCGAUAAAAAUUGCAGUAAUAUUGAAGGUCAAAGUCCUUUGCAAAUAGCUUGUUCGCAGGAAUAUGAUGACAUAGUUGACCUUCUUUUGAAUAACAAUUACUGUGAAAUCGACCUCUUGGACAACAUGAAUAACACUGCAUUUACAACAACUUGUGAACGGGGUAACACACACAUUGUACGUCUUUUGGCAUUACACGGCUGUAAGAUAAACACUGCUAAUAUUCAUGGAAUGACUGCAUUACAUAUUUCAGCUGCGAUGGGAUUUGUUGAAAUAGUUGAGUUAUUACUUUUGAACGAUUGUGACAUCAACGUAUGCGACAUUCAUAAUCAAACACCUUUAAGUUUGGCAAUUGAAAACUAUCAAAAGCCUUGUAUUGAAUUGCUUAUUUCUCACGGCUGCGAUGUGAAUAUUAUUAACCUUGAAGAACAAACCCCGCUUAAUAUGGCAUGCAGAAAGAGACAUGUUGACAUUGUCAAGCUUCUUUUGAUCAUAGAUGGUUGCGAUAUCGAUAAAUUGGAUAAUAAUCAAGAAUCUCCUUUGGCCGUAGCAUGUGUGCAUGGAUGUGCAGAAAUUGUUGAACAUUUAAUACAGAGAAAUUGCAACAUGAAUACUGUCAAUAUUUACGGACUUUCCCCGCUACACAUUGCUGUUGGUAGUGACAACAUUGGAAUAGCACAAAUUCUAAUUAAAGGAGGUUGUAACUUAAACUUGUGUGAUGCCAAUAAGCGCACACCUCUCUUUUGUGCGUGUGAGAUGGGUUUUUAUGAAGCAGUUGAGUUGCUGAUAUCUAAUGGCUGCGAUGUUAACAUCUGCAAUGAAGAUGGUUUAACACCUCUAGAUAAAGCAACAUUUAACGGUUUCUUCAACAUUGUCACAUAUAUAUGUGAAAAGCAAGAGUCUAACAAAAUUGAAAUACUAUAUUCAAGAAUUUAGAAAAGGAAUAACUUGCAUUAAUACUAGGAGGUAUCUAUAUACAUAAAAGACUAGUAACAAACAUUGCAAAAUGGAAAAAUACAAAAAAAUACUUCAGCAACUUAAUUUGGAAAGCGACUGAUGUAUUAAUGGUUACAACAAAGAAUGUUAACUUUGCCGUAUUAUGAAACAUUUAGUAAUUUAUUUUGUCAUUAUGCCACAUACAGACAAGUUCUCAUUCCUUCUCAUUCGUUACGAGGCUUACGCAUUUGCUUUUGUAAAAUAAUUUCUACGAGAAAUAGAAUUUGUAAACAAUGUAAUAUUAGUGAGGUUAAAGAUGAAACCCAUUAUUUCUUAACAUGUCUUAUUAAUAAAUCUUUACGAACACAGCUUGAAAAAGACAUAAAUGAUAUUCAUCCAGGAUUUAUGGAAUCAUCCAAAAAAGAAAGAUUGCAAUUAUCGUCAUUUGAUAUAAUGUAGCUUACUGUUCCGUUCAUUUAAAAGUCAUUUGCACAAAUGGAGAGUGGACGCCACACCUGCAUAAUUACUACAAUUUUUUUACUAUUGAUAUAUGAUGUUUUGGUAUUGUAUAAUGUUUGUAUUGUGUAUAUUGUUUUGUUGUUCGCCUUCAACCUGUCGGGUAUAAAGGUGGAUUUCGUAAUAAACAUUGAUAACUGUAAAUUGAUAUAAGAAGAUGUGGCAUGAGUGUCAAUGAGACAACUCUCCAUCCAAGUCACAAUUUGUAAAAGUAAACCAUUAUUGAUGAUUAUAGGUCAAAGUACGGCCUUCAACACGGAGCCUUGGCUCACAGCGAACAGCAAGCUAUAAAGACUAGAUAAAUAUUAUCAAUGAAACUAUCUCUCUUCUUUCGUUAAAACAAACAAUUUCAACUUUGCAAAGUUUGUAAGAAAAUAUAGAUUUUAAGUGUAUUUUGUAUUUGAAAAGUAUACAUGUGCAAAACAAAGUAACAACUUUGUAUUUGGAAAAAUAACGUUAGUAGCUAUGAUAAAGCUUCGUAAAAAUCAUUUGCUGUUUCUCGACUGCGCAUGAUGUUUUCACAAAGGAUAUGUUGGUUGAAAACUGUAUGAACUGCACAUGUUCCUACAUUUUCAUGAAAAUACUCGAUUUGAUAACAUCGUAACACCAUAACAUAAAACAUCUUGUGUUAUUCGUUUAUAUUUCUUCAGCUUAUGCAUUUACAUAUAUUUUAAGAAAAUGUGUAAUAUGUCUCGAAAAA